GUAUAAAAGGCAGGGUAAGUGCGCCAAAUUUAUUUAUCACACAUUUCAAAGCAAGUGAAAACUUUCAAGCAAGCCUGACAACAUGACUGGAAGAGGAAAAGGCGGUAAAGCUAAAGCCAAGGCUAAGUCCCGUUCAAGCCGUGCCGGUCUUCAAUUCCCUGUCGGAAGAAUCCAUCGUCUUCUUCGCAAGGGUAACUACGCAGAAAGAGUUGGUGCCGGUGCUCCUGUGUAUCUUGCAGCAGUUUUGGAAUACUUAGCUGCUGAAGUCUUGGAGUUGGCGGGAAAUGCUGCCAGAGAUAACAAGAAGACAAGAAUUAUUCCACGCCAUCUGCAACUAGCCAUCAGAAAUGACGAAGAAUUGAACAAGCUUCUCUCUGGAGUCACUAUUGCUCAAGGUGGUGUUCUUCCUAACAUCCAGGCUGUUCUGCUGCCCAAGAAGACCAGCACUUCAUCAGGCUCUGGAAGCGCACCUUCCAAAGGCAAGAAGGGAUCACAGACCUCACAGUCCCAGGAAUUCUAAGAUCGCUGAGCAACACUAGAAGAAAAAAGUAAACGGCCCUUUUGAGGGCCACCCCAGUCUUCUCGAAGAUAGUUUCAUGACUAUAAUAUAACCAAAAUGAUCUAGAUUACUUAGUCUAGAUCUAUCUUUAUCACUUUUUACUCUUAAUGUUGGUAAGGCUUUUUUAGUUUUUUUUUUAAACAUUAAGUAUAGCAAUAGAUCUAUACUCAAAGCCACUAAUCUUUCAGAUUAUUUCUGGCUUAAUGUAUUUAAAGUAUCUAUUGAGAUUCUAUGCCUUAGUGAUAAAGGCUUUGUAUUUAAGAUCUUGAUUCAUAUUCAUAGGGUACUGUCUUAAGGUAGUCAAAAUAUUUAUAUUUUAGAUCUAUUAUUAGCACUCGGACAAGUCUAGAUUCUAUAUGAAGAUAGAACGCAGACUUCUGAACUUCACUUGUCUAAAUCUUCUGACUGCUAUUUAGGUGUACAGGUCUUUUAAUCUUAUAUCCCUUCAAUCUGCAGUUGCUGUCGUUUUAUUUAGACUUUUAGAUCUAGCGAAAAUGUUUAUGCUUAGCAUUAAUAAAGAAAUUGCUAUUUUUUGUGCCCAGAUUUUCUUGUAACUGGCAUGUGGUUGUUUAAAAUUGGUAUAGUGCAAACUUCAUGGAUCACUGGGGCACAAAGGUGCCAGAUAGCAGCACUUAGCAGCUUGUAGUUUGGGCAUCGCUGAAGUAGAGGAUUUCACUGGUUAGUUUCAGUUUCUGGGCAAACUAUUCUAAAUAUAUAUGGUUAGAGCUAACCUGAACCAAAAGUGUAACCUAGAUUUAUACAGUAUAGAUCUACUGGAUAAGCAUGUAGGUUUCCCUUACUUGGUCCUUAUUUUUUUAACCAGUGUAUGAAUUUCCACUUAAACUGUGAAAGCUUGACUAACAGAACCAAUUUUUAAAUGCUUCUUAAGUAAAAUUGCUACACAUAUAAACCAAAAAACUGCACGUAGAACAUGCUUCAAAUAUUAAACAAUGGCCUGCAAAUUUGAGCCUUUUUAUUGUGUGGUUAAUAGUAUCCUAUGGUCUUUAAUCCUAAUGCUUUGUUAUACCAUAGUAACAAGUACCAGUGCUUAAUAGUACUGGUAGUAGAAUGGUGUGGUUAAUGGUAUCCCAUGGACUUACUCUAAAUGCUUUAUGAUACCACACUAAGUACCAGUAAGGUACCUAAUAGUACUGGUAGUAUGUCUAUUCUAGAUCAUGAUGAUCUAACAUGCAUAGUAAUGACAUUCUUUUUUUGUAAAAUUUAUAUUUAAUCAUAAAUUUUAUGAAAUAAAAGAUCUAGAAUGAAUAAACAAGUUUUGAAAUUUUGCAAAGUAGCCUCAGGUUGUGUUCAAUGUUACUGAACAUGGAAGCAGUUAACUAGUGUACUU